UUCCGUCCCAGCCAUUGUUGGUGGUUGCGCACGAGGUCAAAAGGCUGAACGAAACCGUACCUGCGGCCGAACGCCAACUUCACGUCUGAGCCACUACUUAUAUUGGAUUUGGGGGCUUCGACUGUGCUUAUAAGACACGCAAUCCUAGCUGUGUUGUCUGUCGCUUCGUAUACGCCUCAUUUGGGCGCUUCACACCAGAAUUGUCGAGUCAUUUUUCAACAACUUACUUUAUUACGAUGGCUGAGGAAGACAUACGGGAUACGAGGGCUUCAACCCCUCCAUCAGACCAGUUUCUUGCUGCACCUGUUAUCAACGUUGGUCGUGGUCGUUCUUCGUCUGCCGCUCCUUCGUUUCGAUCAUUUCAGUCACACAUAACCACUUUCGAGGAGAAAGAAGACAUCCAAAGUGUUGACAGUCUGCACUCCAACGGAAUACAAGUGCAGCGGCAGCAGACAUUCAAGAUUGGACGCAGUGUGAGCCUCAUGGAUCGUGUCAAGGGCGUUUUUUUCCCGAGCACUCUGAUGGCGAAGAUCGAGAACUCCAUCGAAGUGGUGAAGUCUGAUGUUCCAAAUGAUGAAAUGUUCCAUCGCCAGCCAUCGCCCUGGAUAGUGGAUGUGCAUGUCUCGCGAAAAGCCAACAGCAGGGAUCACCACAAGACGCUGUGCCUUCUAGAUACAGGUUGUUUGCAUGGUAACAUUGUAUCGAAGGAGCUUGUAGAGACUCUUGGCUUCACAGAGACUGACUAUCAAGAGCUUAGCGAAUUGGAGCGCCAGGGCGGAGUCACAAUGUCUGGCGAGCCUUUUCUUGUUGAAGCUGCCAUCUUUCUCUCGUGGCAUCACAACUCGAGUCUCAAAAGAUUCCAUCGGAUGCGGUUCUUGGUAGCAUCCCAUGGGAAGAAUUUCGACAUGAUCAUUGGCGCGCAGACCAUAUGCAAGUACGAGCUCAUGUCACGCCCAGUGUUCGGCCUGGACAACGGCAUUGUCAAAUCUAGUGGCAGCGGUAAGCAUUGGAAUCGAUAUUUCACGGCGCCUCUGAGAAACUGACCUAUCUAGCAAACAAGGCUGAAACCGUGCUGACGAAUGAGAGAGGCACGUUGCAAAGCGAUGUCGAAGAUUUGCAAGAGUUGAUAGACGAAGAGAAGAGUCUAGAAA